AUAGCUUAAAAGUGCUGACAUAAAUCGAGUGAGGAAUUCACAACGGUAAGCUGUCUUAGAUAAACACCUUUCUUGACGAAUCUGCUCACAACUUGAGUAGUACGUCAAGGAGAAUCCCGUGCAACUUCCGCCCAUUGAGAAUGUGGUUGGUAUGCGCAUGAUCCGCAACCAGAUGGAGGAGUGGAUGAACGAUCGCUACAUGUCUACGACGCAAAGGAUUGCAAUGGCAGAUGGCCAUGAGAAUGAAAUGCGCAUCUUCAAGCCCGAGAAAGUGCCAGGCUCUGGCAGUCCCCUCGUGAUCCUUGUGCAUGCCGGAGGUUUUGCAAUGGGGACGACACAUCAGAUGUCUCCCUUUGCUCAAGGUAUUUGCACGAUGUAUGGAGCGACUGUGGUGUGUGUGACACACAGACUAGCGCCUGAAUAUGUUUUUCCCACGGCACCUCACGACAUCUGGGAUUCGGUCAAAUGGCUGGGCGCAAAUGCUGCGUCUCUGGGUGCUGAUCCAAGGGUCGGGUUUGUCCUAGGCGGUGUAUCAUCCGGCGCAAACCUGACGGCCGUGACCGUGCAGCGAGCUGUGAGGGAGGGUUUGUCUCCUGCACUGACUGGCGCAUGGAUGUGCAUGCCAUGCCUGUUGGAUGAGAGGAUUGUGCCGGCCGAGUAUGCUGCCGUGUUCAUUUCGCGCGAGCAAUGCGCCGAUGCGACUCUUGUAGACACUAAAAACCUCUACAGUGUGAUUGAGACAGCGAAGCCCGAUGUUCACUCACCGGACUGGUCACCAUUUAAUAGUGCAAACCCUCAUAACGAGAUGCCGCCAAGCUAUAUUCAAGUCAGCGGCGCAGACCCCAUGAGAGAUGACGGACUCAUAUAUGAGCGCGUACUAAGGAAGGCUGGUGUCAAGACCAAGCUCAAUGUCUACCCUGGCGUUCCUCACUGGCACUUCGGGUUCUUUCCGAGCCUUAGUGCCUCAAAGAAAGCUAAUAGUGAUGCGGUCCGUGGUAUUGGAUGGUUGCUGGGGCAGAGCACUGAUGGAGAGGAUGAGAACAUACUCGGGGCUAUGGCUCCACCUAUGUGGACAUGAUGACAAUGUGAUUCAGUGUUACGUACUUGGUGAGCCAGCAGGCAAUAAUUGAACUUGGCUAGACCUGCUAUAAAGCAUACAGCUACACCUUGUAUAAGACAGUUCGCGUUGCC